GGGCCGAGAGCCGGCGAGGGGCCGAGAGCCAGCGAGGGAGUGGGGCGGGAGGGACGAACCGCGAGGCGGCGGCUGGGCUGGAGGAGCCUGUGAGGGAGUGCAGGGAGCGGGCGCCCGCGCGCCCACGGUGGCAGGAGCAGCCCGCACGCCGCUCUCUCUCUGUGGGGGACCUGCAGUUGCAAUAUGACUUUGGAGGAAUUCUCGGCUGGAGAGCAGAAGACCGAAAGGAUGGAUAAGGUAGGGGAUGCCCUCGAGGAAGUGCUCAGCAAAGCCCUGAGUCAGCGCACCAUUACAGUCGGGGUGUACGAGGCGGCCAAGCUGCUCAACGUCGACCCUGAUAACGUGGUGCUGUGCCUGCUGGCGGCGGACGAGGACGACGACAGGGACGUGGCUCUGCAGAUCCACUUCACCCUGAUCCAGGCGUUCUGCUGCGAGAACGACAUCAACAUCCUACGCGUCAGCAACCCGGGCCGGCUUGCUGAGCUGCUGCUCCUGCAGACGGACGCGGGCCCCGCGGCGAGCGAGGGCGCCGAGCAGCCCCCGGACCUGCACUGCGUGUUGGUGACGAAUCCACAUUCAUCGCAAUGGAAGGAUCCCGCCUUAAGUCAACUUAUUUGUUUUUGCCGGGAAAGUCGCUACAUGGAUCAGUGGGUGCCAGUGAUUAAUCUCCCUGAACGGUGAUGGCAUCUGAAUGAAAAUAACUGAACCGAAGUGCACUGAAGUUUUGAAAUACCUUUGUAGUUACUCAAGCAGUUACUCCCUACACUGAUGCAAGGAUUACAGAAACUGAUGUCAAGGGGCUGAGUGAGUUCAACUACAUGUUCUGGGAGCCCGGAGAUAGAUGACUUUGCAGAUGGAAAGAGGUGAAAAUGAAGAAGGAAGCUGUGUUGAAACAGAAGUACAAGUCAAAAGGAACAAAAAUACGAAGAACCACGCAAGAAGGAAAAUAAACUAUGUAUUAAUUUGGGAUGGUUGAGUUACAUUUAAAUAAACCAAAUAUGCUUUGUUAAAGUUUAAAUAUGCAGCAGUAGUUUGGGUAUUUUGGGUUUCUGUGCCCUCAAAAGAAAAGCCGAAAGGGUUAAUCAUAUUUUAAAACCAUAUUUUAUUGUAUUUUGAUGAGAUACUAAAUUCUCGAAGUUUUAUUAUAAAUUGUGCUAAGUUAUUUUAUGACAUGAAAGGUUAUUUAUGCUAUAAAUUUUUUGAAACACAAUACCUACAAUAAACUGGUAUGGAAUCAUU